AUAAGAGACGGGGGCCGGGGCAGGAGGAGUGUGCUAGAGACUGAGCUUUGGGUGGCAGUGUGUGCCCAUGGGAGGGCAGACAGGGCAGGUUACAGCAAUCCUCGCUGGAGACUGACUAACAUUGGUGGCAGUUUAUCCGAGAUUGGAGCAAGACUAGUUCCUGGGACUUCCCAGCCGUGGCUGGCUGCCCCUCGUGAAGUUGCCCCUUCCCAGCCCAUGCGGCUCUCCCCAUGCCCCGAGCGUGCAACUGGUGCCGAACGCAAUGUGUGUUUGUCAAACCAUGGAAGUGGGCAAGUAUGGCAAAAAUGCCAGUCGUGCCGGAGAGCGAGGGGUCCUGCUGGAGCCUUUCAUUCACCAGGUGGGCGGCCACAGCAGCAUGAUGCGCUACGAUGACCACACUGUUUGCAAGCCCCUCAUUUCCCGAGAACAGCGCUUCUACGAGUCCCUGCCCCCGGAAAUGAAGGAGUUCACCCCCGAGUACAAAGGUGUGGUGUCCGUCUGCUUUGAAGGGGACAGUGAUGGCUACAUUAACCUGGUGGCAUAUCCCUAUGUGGAGAGCGAGGCCUUGGAGCAGGAUGACAUGCCAGAGAGGGACCAACCUCGGCGCAAGCAUUCCCGCAGGAGCCUUCACAGAUCCAGCAGCGUCGGAGAGCACAAGGAGGAGCGAGCCAGCCUGGGCAGUGACAAUCCCGAGAGCAGCAUUCAAGAAGCAAAGAGCCCCAAGGCGGAUCUGCACAUCCAUUCCGAUGUUCCCUUUCAGAUGCUGGACGGGAACAGUAGCCUGAGCUCUGAGAAGAUCAGCUACAACCCCUGGAGUCUGCGCUGCCACAAGCAGCAGCUGAGCCGCAUGCGGUCUGAGUCCAAGGACCGAAAGCUCUACAAGUUCCUUUUGCUGGAGAACGUGGUGCACCAUUUCCGAUUUCCCUGUGUGCUUGACCUGAAGAUGGGGACCAGGCAGCAUGGAGAUGAUGCUUCUGAAGAGAAGGCUGCUCGGCAGAUGAAGAAGUGUGAGCAGAGCACCUCGGCCACGCUGGGCGUGAGAGUCUGUGGAAUGCAGGUCUAUCAGCUGGACACCGGGCACUACCUGUGCAGAAACAAGUACUAUGGCCGCGCGUUGUCCAUCGAGGGGUUCCGCAGUGCCCUCGGCCAGUACCUCCACAAUGGCCUGGAGCUGCGCAAGGACCUCUUUGAGCCCAUCCUCGCCAAGCUGCGGAGCCUGAAGGCUGUGCUGGAGAGGCAGGCGUCCUACCGCUUCUACUCCAGCUCUCUCCUCAUCAUCUAUGAUGGGAAGGACAAUAGGGCAGGCAUGCUUGCGGAGCGCAGGGCAGAAAUGCGCCUGAAGCGGGUGGACAGCGCUCUCCCGGAGACCCUGCAGGAUGACACCAGCACAGAGCCCGGCCGCCCCGGCCUGCCCAAGAUAGAUGUGCGCAUGAUUGACUUUGCACAUAGCACGUUCAAAGGGUUUCGGGAUGACCCCACUGUGCACGAUGGACCCGACAUGGGCUAUGUAUUUGGGCUGGAAAGCCUCAUUACCAUCAUGGAACAGCUACGUGAGGAGAACCAGUAGCCCUGGGCUGUGCCCAUUCAUUCCUACCCUGGCUGCGGGAGCAGGAAAAAGCAAACGACUUUGGUAUUCACGGUUCGCUGGCUCCCUUCUUUGUAACUGUCCCUGGGGCUGGAAGAGCUGAGUGAGGACUACGAGGAUCUCUGCCACACUGGAGAUGGCGGCCCCUCUCUUAUUGGGCAUGGAUCUCUACAUUAUGGGUGCUUUCAGGAGGGAGGCGCAAACCAGCCCUUCAGGGUGGAGAUGCGGGUUCCCACUGCUCCCCAGAAGCCCCAGCAGAGCCUUUGGUUUGAGCCUCUUCUGCCCUAUGGAAAGGGCAUUGGGUCAGAUGAGCCAGCGUCCAUGGGGCUGACGGCUCUGCACUCAUGCUGCUUCUAAGGUACCAGCUAGUGGUGCAGCCAGCUCUGCCCCGGGCUGAGAGUGAGCGAGACACUUAUCUUCCCCAGUCUGGGCACUGUGGCGCAGCAUCCACGACGGGCGGGAAUAAACACUCGAACGAACCCAUUGCACAGCUGAGGCAAUGGGGGACCCGCCCUGCCCCAUGGGCUGCUGUGGAGCCAGUGUGGGAGGCUGAGCUACCGCCCGUCGCCACUGGCAGAGAAAGCUGUGCAGGGCCAGGAGGGCGGGGCAAGUGUGAAACUGCCUCUACCUCUGCGCACUGGUCCAAUGAGCGCGCAGCCCCUCGGCUGACAGCAGCGCUGACAGGGAAGUAACUUCCCCUCCCAGCUGUUUCACUGGGUGUAUCGGGCUAGUCCCAGCCUGUGUUUGCGUGGAACAGGCACAAGAGCUGGGCUGGGUCCUGUGGCACAGUGCUGGGUCUGGUUUGAACCCUCUGGGACAGCCCCUCGCGCUCCCUGGCCGAGGGGUGGGAAUUCAGGAGCCUAGUGGAGUCAGUGAGGGAGGAGUUGGAGCUGGUCCCAGGGCUCCAGGCCGUGCUCAUCAUGUUGUCUUAGUCCUGUGCUGGAGUGGGGGGCUGGCAGAAGUGGGUGAACCAGUGGCCUAGCCCCCAGCUGGAAGCUCUUCCCUCCCUGCCUGGGCUUGUGUGGAGCUGGGUAUGGCGAGCUGGCUACAGCGUGGCUACGCUCUGGCCCUGCUCUCCACUCAUGGCUCGGUGUGCGCUGUCAGAGGGGCCUGGGCCUAUCUGCUGGGGGACAGAUGGACAGGGUGCAGGGCUUGGGGCCUGUUACUGGGGGGAGGGAAGGGUGCUUGAGCGUGUACUAAAGCUUCGCACAGCCCCAUCUCUGCUGAGCGUGGUUAAAGCCAAAGCCUGUGCAGACGGGGGCUGCACCCCUACCCGAUGCAGUAAGGCCCCGGCCAGAUGCCUCCUCCCUCCUGUGUGGGGCGUGGCUCUCGCUCCCCCUCUCCAAGCUCGCUGGGCAGAAAUGCAUUGGGGUCCUUGUGCAGUGUGACCCAGCAAGCCCUAGUCUAGUAGCCGGCCGCCUUCAGUGGCCCGGCUCUGGCGGUAGGGGAAGGAGAGGGGCUCCACAUGUAGCUGCUUGCUCCUGUUGCCCCCGUUGUGUGGUGCUGAGGGAAGAGGGGUGAUGGGGGAGGGGCGUUUCGCAGCUCUCCUGCCUUCUGCAGGAUCCUGCACUGCAGUGCUAUUGCCACCCUGGUGAUGCUUGCCUGGUGGCCUUGGACCAGCACCUCCCGUCUUACCUCCUGGUUCCAGCUGGGCUGUGUGGGAGUGCCUGCCAGUACGUGAGUUGUAUACAUGCAACACGGUGCACUUCUGCUUGGGUCCUUGUGACUUCCCGCUCUGACAGGUCCCGGAGCUUGUAGAUAGCCUUGAGCCAGAAUCCGUUUGCUGGUUCAUAAAGAACCAAAAGGCACCCAGGGUUUCGUUUUGCCAGUGCCGCAUGCUACCUAGCAUGAGCACAAAGCACAGGGCCCCUUCCCCUCGAGCUGAGUGUCGUGGCACGGGCAGGGCAGGAGAUGAGGGCGAGUGCCCUGGGCUGCUGGAGACUUGAGUUGGUUACCUGGCCUAGAGCACAAAUGGGGUGGCUGUUUUCCUGCUAAUCCCACCCCCCAGACACUAUCAGCAUGCCCCUUGGCACCCUCUCCACAGCCGCCUCAAUAGCUGCAUGGCUGGUGGGAUGAGCUGCCAGAGCAUGCCCGAUGAAGGGGAGGCAAGUUCACAUCCAGCUCUCAGUCCAGGGAGAGUUAGCAGCCCAAUGGGCAUCCUGCAGCUGAGCAGAGGAGGUUACUGGAGAAAGGCUUCAGGUCGUCCUCAUCUGCUCUUUGCAGUUCAGUGUCGAGUUGAUUGUCUGGAUAGGUGUGGGGCUGUUGCUCUCGAGGUGGGAUCUGGGGACCCAGUAGCAGGCUGUGUGCUGGCUGCUCCCAAGGCAGGAAGGGACUCCAGGCAGGCCUGGCAGCGUGCCCUGCCUUGCAGAAAAGGGAUGAAGUCGGCCCAGAAAGGGUGUUCUCCGCUCCCCCAGGC